AUGGCUUCGACGUGCCCCCAGAUCAUCUUUGGGGCGGGCUUCAUAGGGAAUGCAGAGCCUUUCAUCAGCGAAAAAGAUAUCGAGGCCACCUAUGAGCUGAUCUCGAAAUAUGGUGUCAAGCGUCUCGAUUCGGCGCAGCUGUAUGGCGAAAGCGAGAAGCGGCUGGGAGAGACCAAGGCGGGGGACAGGUUCUCAAUCGACACGAAAUGGUUGAUGGGAUGGAGUCCAGGAUUGGCGACCAAGGACGGCAUCAUCGCGAGUGCGAAGGAGAGUGUGAAGAAGAUCGGCUGUGCGGCGGACGUGUUCUACCUGCAUUGCCCGGACGUGAGCGUCCCCGUGGAAGAGACGCUCGCCGGCGUGAACGAAGCCCACCGGCUCGGUCUAUUCCAGCACUUCGGACUAUCCAACUACCCGACCGAGGACGUGCUCAAGAUUUACGACUAUUGCAAAGCCCACGACUACAUCCUGCCCUCCGUCUUCCAGGGCAAUUACGCCCCCGUGGCCCGCAAACUCGAGACCCUCUUGUUCCCCACGCUCCGUAAGCUGGGCAUCGCCUUCUACGGCUACUCGCCGCUCGCGGGCGGGUUUCUGACCAAGACGAAGCAACAGAUCGUUGAAGGCGCGGGGCGCUUCAAUACCGAUUUCAUGAACGGUAUGUAUGACCAGAUGUACCUGAAGGAGUCGUACUUGCAGGCGCUGGCCCUCUGGGAGGACAUUGCCACGGAGCAAGGCUGUUCGCGCGCCGAGCUGGCCUACCGCUGGGUCGCGUACCACAGUGCACUGCGGAGCGAGUACGGCGAUGGCAUCAUCAUUGGGGCCAGCAAGUUCGAGCAGAUUGAGCCGACGCUGCAGGGUUUGCAGAAGGGGAGACUAAAUGACAGCGUUGUAAAGCGGAUCGAUGAGGUCUGGGAGACGGUGAAACACGAUGCUCCCAUGGAUGCGUUUGCCAAGUAG